UACUUGCCGAUCGUUGGACGGUCAUCUUUCUUAAACUUGUUUUCAAAUUGCUUCCUUACUAGCGCUUUACGUUGGCAUAAUUCAUUUAUGUUUUAAGCUAGGUCAAAUUCUGGCAAGGACAGCGCUAUUAUUUAUUUCAGGAAGGAGUUGAAAUGAAGGCUUUGUUGGUGCUUCUUUACGCUGGUCUCUCGUUCCUUUCGGUCGGUGGUACUCUGUCCAAAUCAGACGCCAAGAAGUCACUCAAACCUGAAAACACUGACAGGUCCGCAGUGGAGAGGCCUGUGCAGGAGCGAGGAUUGGUGGUGCAUGACCCUGCAUGGAAAGACAUUGUGCGGGAGGAACGGAGAUACUGUCCACUGAGUUCUGCUCUCCGUCACUUCCAGGGGGAAGUUCUGGGGUAUGUCACACCGUGGAACUCACAUGGUUAUGAUGUUGCCAAAAUGUUCAGCUCCAAGCUUACCUCAGUUUCACCUGUGUGGCUGCAGUUGAAGCGUAGAGGAAAAGAGAGCUUCCAAGUGACUGGCCUGCAUGACCAUGACUCAGGCUGGGUCAAAGCGGUGAGGAAGGGGAACAAGAAAAUUAGGAUAUUGCCCCGUCUGUUGUUUGACGGCUGGUCGUAUCAGGAUUAUGUUCAUGUUCUGGACAGUGAGGAUGAAGCUGAUGAGCUGGGGAGAGAGAUGGUGGACGUGGCCAAGGCGGAAGGCUUUGAUGGCUUUAUUUUGGAGAUGUGGAGCCAGUUGGGAGGAAACAAGAGAAGGGAACUUGUUCACCUGGUGACACACAUUUGUGAGGCUCUUCAGGCACGGAAACUCACCUGUAUGCUAGUCAUCCCUCCUGCUCUGUCUCCUAGCACUGGCCAGCCAGGGAUGUUUGGAAGGAAGGACUUUGAGCAAUUGGCCCCUGUGGUGGAUGGGUUCAGCCUGAUGACCUAUGACUUCUCCGGCCCUGAUAGGCCUGGCCCCAGCUCCCCAAUACCCUGGGUGCGGGAAUGCGUGCUGCAACUGGCCCCUGAGACUCGCUGGCGAGAGAAGAUCCUGCUGGGGCUCAACUUGUAUGGCAUGCAGUUCUCCAGCCUGGGAGGUGCAGACCCGCUGAUGGGGGCCAGAUAUAUUGACUUACUGAGGGAGGUGAAGCCCAAGUUAUACUGGGAUGAGAAAGCUGGGGAGCACUACUUCAGCUACAAGAGAAAGGAGAACAAACAUUUGGUUUACUACCCAACUCUGAAGUCCAUCCAGCAACGUCUCUCAUUGGCGACAGAACUGAAGACUGGAAUAUCCAUGUGGGAACUUGGACAAGGACUGGACUAUUUUUAUGACCUUUUGUAACCGUGCACAAGGCUUGUAAUACACAGCACUGAAGCUGCAGUCUCAUAGAUCAUAUGUACAAACUUUCAGUCAACAACUGACAUUACAGGCAUUUUUGGGAAUUUCUUUGGGUAUUUUUGGGCGUAAUUGGGCUUGCAAAUUAAACAAUUUCCUUCACAAAGCUUCCUGUUUUUUUUCUGUGUAUUCUUUAUUUUUUUUAUUUUUUAUUUUUUAUUUUUUUGCCUCAUCCAAUUUUUGUACUUUAAUACAGUACUUUAUUACACUGAUGUUGCCCUUGUGUAAAGACCUAUUGCUUUUAUUCAUAGAGGUAAGCCAAUCACUACUACACUAACACCUAGAAUUAUCAUUGUUAUCCAAAGCUGCCAAACUGUAAUGCUUCAAAUUUUGCGAAGCAUGUUACAUUAUAAUAUUAACUGCUGUUAAAUUAUAAUUGUUCUUAUAAUUGUUUUUUAGCCAGUGCUUGUUGCCAGAAUUUGGUUUGAAAAAGUUGUGGGGAAAAAUGUUUGUUGUUGAAAGAUUUUAACGAGUAAAUAGUAAUUCAAUGGCAUUGAAUGAAAAGACAAUAUUUCUGCAUAUUAUAGAUCCUAGUGGCUUAUUCGCUGUGGAAGCAUCACUGCUGGGUACUAUUAUUUACUUAUAAAGUGGCAUCCAGGGACAGAAGAGUCAGAACUCUAAGUCCAGUCUGGACAAGGAGGCAGCAGAUUCUACACUCUGGGAGGCGUCAUCAAAUGUGUUUUGCACAUGGAACAUUCCAUGCGAACUCCAGGAGAUUGCACCACAGCACCACAGAUUUCUCUCGUUUUCUGAGUGUUGGUACACAAUUAAAUUAUAAAUUAAAUUAUAAUUGUUUUUUAGCCAGUGCUUGUUCAGAAGAGUCAGAACUCUAAGUCCAGUCUGGACAAGGAGGCAGCAAAUUCUACACUCUGGGAGGCGUCAUCAGUACAAUUGUUUUUUUUGGCACCCAUCAUAAAUAUGCUCAAAUAUAAAAAAAAAUUCUAGAAUGCAGUUAUUCACAUAAUCAUUAUUUUCCAAUAGUAUAGUGUGCUUUAUUAAUGAUUCAAUGGAAUCAACCAAAGUGUUACAUUUUUGAAGUACAUUUUUUCAAUAUGUAUUUUCCCAUUAAACAGGUUUCAGGUCGAUUACUGUUUCUUCUGAAUUGACAGUUAUUUGUCUUUUCCCAUAUGGGUGGAUGACAAAGGGAUUUUACUUAUUUAAUUUUUAUACUCUCGUGAAACUUGAAGUGAUGGAAUUAUACAAUAGUUCCUUAAUAAGUAUAAGAUAGUUCCUUUACACUGAGAUUGACUAAAUUUAGUAAAAUUGGAUUGCCAAUUUUAUCUUGUUUGAUUUUAUUUAAAGCAACCUGUAAAGAGUGUGUUCAACUGAUAAAUUAAGUUUAUAAUUUUUACUUUCAGUGCUUUGCAUCUGAAUGCAAAAGAUUUACUUUAUGAAAAGAGGGAAAAUUGUGAGGAUUCUUUGUGAAAAGUGUUAAAUGCAAAAUGUGCUGAUAGUUUUGAACAUAUUAGUUUCCUGUCUGCACAUGCACUUUGUCAUGAUUCAUGUUUUCUGUUCUCUGCUAUAUGUAUAGUUAUUUGCGUUUCUGUUCUUUAUUUCCCUCUGUGGCCACCGUAGUCUUCCAUGUUCACCUUCAUUAAUUUGCUUUGUCUGUGUUCUAUCAGUGUUUCCGCCUCCUGCUCCAUAUUUGUACUUCCUUCCUGUCUCUUGUCAUUCUACUCACCUGUUUUAUGUUCAUUAGCACUGUGCAUUUAAACCCCUUUGUGUCUUGUAUUUGUUGUCAGAUUGUCAUGAGCUUCCGAGUGUACCGACCUAUUUCAUUUUAGACCACCGAUUCUUGGAUCUUCCGUUUGUGUUUCUUUGACCCGCUGUUUUUAGACUCCCUUUGGUUUACCGGUUUUUGGAUCUGGACUUUGUUUAUCUGCUUGUCUGAACUGCCUUCUCGUUUUUGACCUGCCUGUGACCUCGACUACCCGCUGGUUUACCUGUGUUGUUUCUGUAUGCCUGGCUAUUGGACCUCUGCCUGUAUUACCACUCUUGAACUGCCUGAACUCUGUUACACUGGUUAACGAACUUCGCCUUACAGUUAAUAAAGACUUUGAACUUUC